GUACGGGCCGGUUUGUUGUUCCUCACUUCUGUGUCCAUUCACGGUAGUGACCAUCACCGUUGAAGGUAGAGUGCGCGUUUUGUUUACUACCGAUACAGUUGCAAGCAUUUUUGGGGCCGUUUUGUUGAGUUUGAAACAGAUCGCGUGUGAGGGCGCGCGUGGGUUGGGCCGAUACCGUUUGGAGUUGCGCAGAACAACCACGUGGUGACGGUCAUCCAAGCCAGGAAACGGGGUCAGUGACGAAUUUGGCGGUGGCGUUUCGUUCCACGUGAAUAAUAACAAGUUUGGGGAGGUGGCGUUUUGGCGUGAAAAUGUGUGCAAUUGGCGUGCGCGAUAGUGCUUGACCGCGUGUCGUGGGAUAGGUCGUGUGGAGGGGAGAUAGUUCUACAGAGGAUAUCCGGUGGAUAAAAGUUGUUAUCAUGCGUAGUGAACCAAGUUUAUCAAUAUUCAUCGUGUGAAAUUGUGAGCCUCCACCAGUACCAUGGAAAUUGUGAGUUUCAACGCGGCCAGACAAGAUCUGCUGCUGGGCGGAGGCAAGUCGCUGUCGUCGUCCAAGCCACAACAGCUAGUACACACCAAUGGGACUCUACGGUCGAUCAAGCAACGUAGGAAUGCAAAGCUGAUCCAGCAGCAGGUUCAACAGUCGAUUGAUCGGCAAAAAAAUCCUAACCGUUUCGCGGUGGCUGCGGAGAUAAAUUAUGAAAAAUCAACCGGUUCAAGUGAUGGCAACAAUAAUUACACCAAUGGAACCACCUCGAUCAAGUGCAACGGCAGUGUUGUCCGACUGGACGGAAAAAGUGUUGGCCCUUCCACAGGGAAACCAGUUAAUCUGACACUGUCGAAAAUGUCGCUGCUGUGGAACACCAGCGGCUGGAUACGGGUUUACUGUGGCCCAGACCGGAGUGCCGUCAGCUGCGAAGAUCCGAGCCGGAUGGUGCACGUAAUCACGACCGCAACCACGCUGGAUGUGGUGAAAGAUAUGGACCUGCCGAUGGAGUACACGCUGUGGGUCCAAAUUGGCGGCUCCAAAACUCGUCGACUCGAGGAAAACGAAUACCCUCUACUAGUUCAGGAGGAAUUCCUUAAGGCACUGGGCUAUCUGGACGAAUCGCGUCGAGCCCGUCUCGGAAUCGACCCCGAGCUGAAGCACCUGUUUCGGUUCCACAUCGGUCCGGCCGAGAUCCCCAUGUGCCGGGGAGUUUUGCGGUCUGGUUCGGUGGAGUUGUUGAAAGGGUUGGUAUUUCCACAGUGGAGACGGAGAUAUUUGGCGAUUGUUGGCAGUAAGCUGAUUAUAUUUCCAGCAAGUUCCAGUAUGACCCCGGAGAUGUACGAACUGUUCGGGGCGGAUAUCUUCGAGCAUGCCCCCAGUCACAACCGACUGAUCAUCAAGAUUGUGCCAAAGGCCAACGAAAGUGGGAACGGAACCAGGGAGAAUCUGACCGGGGGAAGGUUCAUCGACAGCAGUGGCAGCAGCAGCAACAGUACGACCCAUUUGUACAACAGCAAUGCCAGCAUGCAUUCCAGCAGUAACAAUGAUCGAGAAACGGUGCUGUUUCUGGGCUUUGAAGAGUCCUGGGAACGUGACCAGUGGAGCGAUUGGCUGUCUGAGACCAACGUUGACAAAAAUGAAGAUGCCAAACGGCUUGAUCUGGGAGAUUCCGGAUUGCAGCAGAUUCCGGAGAUUUUCCUCCAGUCACCAACCGACGUGGAAGAGCUGCUGGCUGGGCGGAAUAAGCUGCAAGAGUUGGCGCUACGAGCGUUGGCGGAAUUUACCCGCCUAAAAGUGCUUCGAUUGAACGGGAAUGGGUUGAAGAGUUUUCCUGAGAGUUUGCUUAGCAUGCGGAAUUUGAGGGUGUUGGAUUUGGAGGAGAACGAAAUACGCAAGCUGCCGGAGAAGGUGGCGCUCAUGACGAGCUUGGAGGAGCUGGUGCUGGAGAAGAAUGAGCUGCAGGAUCUACCCGAGUGUCUGCAGAGUUUGAGCAACCUGAGAAGCCUGAACGUCGCGUACAACCAGCUGGAACAGCUGCCCGCCUUCAUGGUGAACACGAUGCGGCCGGUUGGCCUCUUUCAGAGGCAUGACUCCGUUCGAAACGGCCUUCGGCGGGAUUCGCUGGAAAAGGACGACGACAAGUGCGGUGUACCGCUGACCAAGGUGAACCUGCGUGGCAAUCAGCUGAAAGGAAGCAUCAUUUUGGGGAAUUAUGGGCUGCUUACGCAACUGGACGUCAGUGAAAACUCCAUCGAGAUCAUGGACCUGUCCGCGCUGGACAAGCUGGAAACGAUACAGUGCUGUCGGAAUAACUUGAAGGAGCUGACACUGAACGGUCGUAACUUGCACUCGUUGAUAGCAGGGAACAACAAUCUAACCAAAAUCAUGGUCCGAGCAACACCCACCAACCUCAAACACAUCGACAUAAGCUUCAAUAACCUUCGUGAGCUUCCCGACUGGUUGGUAGGAUGUCACCAGCUGCGAACCCUUUACGCCAACAACAACCAGCUGCACGUGAUAUCGGAGCACUUGCUGAACAACGAACACGCUACCAUCCUGACGCUGCACCUUGCGUACAACAAUCUGGCUAGCUUUCCGCCAAUGGUUAAGCGGAAGCUUCCACUGCAGAAGCUGUACCUGCAGUGUAACCUCAUCGAAGAUCUGCCCGAGAAUUUCUUCAUUGCUUGCGAACGCUUGACGAUACUGAACAUAUCCAGCAACAAGUUGAUGACCCUCCCGAUCAUAUUUGGAACCAACUGUAACCUUGAAAGGUUGUACGCAACUAAUAACAACCUUACGGAUCGCGUUCUGGAUUCUUUGAUCUGUCUACCUCGAUUGAAGGUCCUCCACAUUGGAUACAAUCUGCUGACAACGCUGCCGGAAACGUGCAUCACCUGCUGGGGUGAGCUGGAGGAGCUCGUACUGUCCGGCAACAAGCUGCGACAUCUACCGGAGAAUUUGACAAACCUAAGAUACCUUCGAGUGCUUCGGGUUCACUCGAACCAGCUGCAAUCGGUUCCUCCGCUGGCGAGGAACUCGAGUCUUCGAGUGCUGGACCUGGCGCACAACCAGCUGGACAAGAUCAACAUGGUAUCGCUAGUGUCCAAACAGCUGCAGUUCUUGGACCUGUCCAGCAACAGUCAGCUCCAGGUUGAUCCGAACCAGCUACAAGCGUGUAGAUCUCAACGACCGAUGAGCUUGGUGGAUGUUUCAGGAAAGAAUCGACCCUCACUCCCGUCGUCCCCUUGGCCUUACCAGGAGAACGAAGAGUACGAACCGUGCUGGAAAGUUGGCUUCGCUGAAACGCCCGGUUGUUUGCCGAAGCUGUACAUUUCGCAGCUUCGGCUGCCCGGAUUCUGCAACACCGAGGGACUGUUUGGUAUGUUUGACGGUGAGGUCAGCAGCGUGAUACCUUCACUGCUGGCGAAGACGAUACCGAAGAUUCUGCUCGAAGAGCGUACCGUAAAGGAGACCGCCAAUGAUUACAUGAAGUACACGCUGCUUUCUGCGCAUCGCGAGCUGAAACAGCAAGGUCAGCACGAAGCGGUCAACGUGACGCUGUGCCACAUCUCGAGGAGUAAGGUUCCGACCGAUGUGAUGAGCUACAUGCCUCAGGCGGCGAAUGGACGGAAGUUUAUCUUGAGGGUGGCGAGUGUUGGGGAGAGUUCGGCGAUUCUGAUCAAGCACAACCGGUGCGUGAAGCUGACGACAGGGAAUCCCUGCCGGAGGGUGGGGUUGAGUGCGAACUUUCCGGUGACGGUGCCGGAUCCGGAGGUGAACGAGGUGGUGCUAAGUGAUGCCGAUGAGUACUUGGUGAUGGCGAACAAGAAGCUAUGGGAGGUGAUUACGAUGGAAACGGUGGCGGAGGAGGUUCGGAAGGAGGAGAAUAUUCUGUUGGCGGCGAAGAGGGUGCAAGACAUUGCGCAGAGUUACGGAGCGGAGGAGAAUAUCAGCAUAAUUAUUGUAAAGUUCAACAACUUGGGCACAGACAUUGACUUUUUGAUGCGGGAACUGAGACAAACAAUCAGAAAGAAGCCUUCGGGAGGAGGUAGCGUGCUUUCCGGAUUUUGCAAGUGUGGUUGUUGUUGUGAGUCGAAUAACAGUUGUUGUCACUCUGGUGCUUCCAGCACGUUUAUGCGACAUCCGUCGGGCAGGAGUGAUCGGUCUUCGCCGAGUGGUCAAAGCGAUCAGACGUCGGGAAGUGAAACUCUGACGAACGGUGGGAAGCCAAAAGCCUUGGAUGUGGCUGCGCUGAAUGGAAGAAAGGCAAACACGUACUUGACGAAUGAGAGACGGAGUUUGCGAGGAGGUGUUGUAAGGGCGGUUCGAGCGAGAAUCGAAGAGGAGAAGGAACGCGAAGUAGAGGAGUCCGACUCCGCUUUGUCGGAGGAGCAGUUCAAAUGUUGGGAGUACAUGCUUGAGCAGAACACGCAACUGCUGUUUGACAAGGAGUUGAACACGAUUUCACGUGCGUUCACGAAACGACAUCAAUCCAACCUGGCAAGACCUCAGAUGCGCUCGCUCUCCUCCAGCUCUCCCCAGCUAGCUCUGGAAAGCGACAACGCGUUCAACUCUUCGAUCAACGGUUACAAUACCAUUGCGAACGCAUCCCGAGUGACCCCCUUCCUGUCGAAACAGUUCGGCAGCACUCGAUCCUUCCAUCCGACCUCCUCGCAGAACUUCUUCAAGCCUGUACGGUACAACACGAGUCGCCCUCAACCGAUCAACUCUGGGCCCAAUGCGGCUUACUUUGGCUCGCUGCAGCGGCUCAUGCCGUACAACUUGGAGUACGACUUUAAUGCGAUGCAGGAGCGGUAUGCGGCCACCGCCAACGAGGGCAGUGCGAUCGAGCUGGACGCGGUCGACCCGGACGGGGGACGGAUGCAGCAGUACUGGGGAGUUGCGACCACGGAGUUGUGAUUAAAAUACAGUUUUGUUUUCCUUUGUAAGAUGUAUUUUUUUUUCUGUAAAGGUCUCGUGUUUUUCGUUUAGUAAUAAAUUAAAUAAAUAUGUACACAGUAGAUUUACAUACUCAAUUUCACGCUACAGCUACGGUUGUAUUGUAUAAGUGUUUGUUUUGCUUCUUGCUACUUAAAUGAUUACGUUAAAUGCUCUCUCUCUCUUCUAGAAUAUUUACAAAAUUUUCAAACACUACCGGAUUACGUAGGAAACGAAGUUGUUGUACACCGAGAUAACUUUGCUUCAAAGUGACAAUUUUUUUUCAAUUGUUCACUAAAAAUCAUGUUCGUGAUCAGAAAUUAAAUUCCAAAAUUUCGACUUCACUCUACAACGCUUCAUUUUGAGUUAGUUUUAUCUUUGUAGUUUUUAGCUUUAUUAAGGAACUCAUAUCAUUUACGCAUCUGAACAUAUACUCUCUCUUUUUCUGUGAAAUAUA